GUGCUGACAAAGUGUCCAUUGGGUCAGACGCCGUCAUUGCAGCAGAGGAGUACAUUGCAUCGGGUGUUAAAACGGGACAAACCGGUAUCGAGCAAAUCGCUCACAAAUACGGCGCACAGGCUGUAGUCAUCUCAGUCGACCCCAAACGAGUAUACUGCAACGAUCCCUCUGGUAUGCGCAUGGAGUUAAGGGUGUUGUGGGAGUGUUAUGUGAGUCUUAUAACGUUAGUGUUGGUUGUGAGUUGCUGUGUGUAUGCUGCGGUGGAUCGAUACACCGAAUUUCUCUUCGCCCAGAACUCAGCCACCACCUGCAUCAGGCCUAUACUCGCAGGGUUACGGUCUGUUAAGAGUGUGGUACCGGCGGACUCACUCUUACCCUUGCACCGCAUGUUCAUGAAGGCUGUCCUCAUCUCGGGUUUUGGACACUUGGCCCAGGAGUUUAUCGACACACCGUUGACUAACGUAUCGAGAACGCAUGUGACCAGUAAGGAUGUGUUGCUGUACUACUACUACGCCAGUCUGGUGUGCAUCGUGCAGAAGGCCUAUGAAAAGGCCUACGGCUGCCUUUCAAUGGUAUGUAUGUAG